UGCAAAUGUUUGACCCAUGCAGUAAAUAAGAGGCCAUUCCCUUCAUUCGUUCAUUCGUUCAUUCGUUUAUUCACAGCACACAACGCACACAUACCCUCACUCCCUUGCACAUCUAUGUCCAUCAUGGGAUCUUGUUUCAAGUGCUUGGUACGAUUAAGUCCUCCUACUUCCAUCACAAGGGUUGCUCGCAAUCGUGCCUGCGCAGCCUUAGUCCCAACAUUUCUCGGUUCUACUCAGCGCGCCUUCGCUCGUUUAUCAAAGCCUCGGCUCUACAGCACCAUCACGUCUGCAGCCCAUCGUCAUUCUUCUUGCUUACAAAGCUCACCGUUUGUUAUUUCCUCCAUUCCAGGGCAUCAAACUCGCCUUAACAGUAGUUCCGCUGCAGCUGUUGUUACUUCAACUCCAACCGAAGGCACAUCUUCGAGCAUAAAAAUCCAUAAUCCGCAGAUCGAUGAAUCUGGAAAGCAAUUAACGCUGGAUAUUACGGAUAAAGCUGUUAAGCAACUGAAACGUAUAGCUAUUAGAGACCAGAAUCCAUUACUGGCUCUGAGAAUCACAGUCGACUCGGGUGGAUGCCAUGGAUAUCAGUAUCUCAUGGAUCUCACUGAUACAGUCAAUGAUGAUGAUGUCGUAUUCGAGAAGGAUGGAGCUCGUGUGAUUGUAGAUACAAUAACAUUACCCAUGAUCAGUGGAUCCAAGAUCGAUUUCAUUGAGGAGCUUAUCGGGUCUGCGUUUAAAGUCUUGGGUAAUCCCCAUGCAGCCCACUCAUGUGGAUGUGAUACCUCAUUCGAGAUCAAGAUUUAGCUUAGCAUGAUAUAUCUAUAACAAACACAAACUAGUUCUUCUGUCUGAUGCACAGCUUAACUGCCAUUUAUUCCUAAAAUAAUAAUAAAAGACAAGGACUGUGUUCUAGUGACCUUCCG